AUGGCGCUCGGUAUUGUGUGGUUCAUCAGCAUCCUUAUUACUUUUGUUCAUUUAACGCCGCUGAUAGUUCCUGAAGGUAAGCAACACUUGUGUUUAAAGGUAAAUACUUGAAGUUUGUCACUGUCAUCUUUAUUAUUGUGUCUCUUAAACACAAAUUAAAAGACAGCUUAACAAGCUGAUGCCGAUGUUAGCCGGUGGUAACCCGAACAUUUAUGACCACAGCAGGUUAUACUUUCUGAUAUUAUGAGCGUAGAUUUUCUUUGUAAAUAUCUACGAUGAUAAAAGCAUAAAGAAGGUCCCGGAGGUCCGUGUAAAACGCCAUAUACUUAAAGAACAAGUGAAAUGCACUGAGUACUCAUCGUCUGGAAAAUGUCUUUUUUCCCCAUUAACAGUUUAACAUAUUAAAUUUUAAUUUGUUAAGAACCGGUAUAAUUCUGCCAGAAACAAGUGGCACAUUAAAAUCGACCGUUUUUCCUGAAUUAUAGUUGAAGUGAAGGAUCAGAUUUACAAAUACCUCAAAUUUUUAUAUUUAAAGCUCCUGUAAGCAGUUUUAUUUUAUGUUGGUGAAGUAGACUGGAAACCAUAAUGAAGCCUUUUUAUAGUGCUCCAAAGCAAAUAAGUCUGUUUGUGAAAAGGUUGAAGAUUUUUGUUUUGUAACCAUAGACUGUAUAUACUAUGGACAACUUGGUUCUGCCUUCCGCCAGUAAACGGAUUUGAAGCCAUAUAGCUCUUGGUAUUUCUGCGAUUUUUCUCUGUUUCCUGAAACCAACAUUGCCCAGUAGCGUUUUACGCACUCCACUACUUGGGGAGUAGCGAUGUGCAUAUUCGGUGGGAGAGUCACCGAGAGUCGCUGUGAUGACGCUCGGCUCAAACAGCGUAUCCCCUGGGUGAGCUACGCAAUCCUUGUAUGCCCAUAGGCUGUAUCAAGUGUCAAUCAUAGAAAACGUAAAAUGGAGCUGCACAGUAAAAAGAGCACUUGAGCACAAACCAGUCUUACAGUAACUACAUGUCAACAUCAUGUCAGCCCCAUAAGCUUUGCUGGUGGAGGCGGGAUUUAUGACCUAUACUGCGGCCCAUCAACAGAGGGUGCUGUCCUCUGAGUGGCUUCACCCAGCGAGGAGGCAGACGAUGUCCAUUAUUUAUACAGUCUAUGGUUGUAAUCUCUAACACCUGAAAGUGGUUCAAGGGGGUAGGUGUCAGCCGAGAAGCUGAGGAAACCCAUUUUUUACAUUUUCCCUCUAAAAUAUUCACAAAAGAUGUUACUUUGAGUAUCAAAACAAAUUAUAGGGUGGCAGACAAUAUGUAGAUAACAAGCCAAGCAAAAACUGCAUUGUCUACAGGGGAUGCAAAAAUUGACCAAACCUGAAGUUUCUUACAGGAGCUUUAAGGAAGAGAUCAUAAAGGGCUUUGGGACUAAAUUACAAAGUAUUGAAUGUCGAUUUAUCAGACUGCUCCUUUAAUUUGUGGCUUGUGUUUGUGUCCCAUCAGAGGAACGCAAUUUCAAAGAGUGGAUGAUACAGGUACAGUGAAUGCAUAAAAACAAAGCAACCCCAAAAGUACUCUUUCAAUCCAUGACUCUUAAAUAAUCUGAAUGACUUUUCAUCACAUCGAUCACUGACUCAUUAUUCUUUUUUGACAUGCAGCACAACAAGGUUUAUUCCACCGAGGAGUAUUAUUACCGACUCCAACAAUUCACAGAAAAUAAGAAGAUAAUUGAUCAUCAUAAUGCAGGAAAUCACUCUUUUACAAGUAAAGUACAAUUUUGUGAUUAUAAAUUUGUGAUAUAAAAGAUUAUUCAUAUCAAUGUUACGUUAACUAAAUCUGUUUAACAAAUCUAGUGGGCCUGAACCAGUUCUCAGACAUGUCAUUUGAAGAAUUCAGGAAGUUCUACCUUCUGACGCUGCCUCAGGUAUGAUGUUUCUUAACUUUUAACUCACUGACUUAACAUGACAGAUGCUCUUUGAAAAGUGCUCCAGUGCAGUCCUCUGAUUCUUGUCUCUUGUAGAACUGCUCAGCUACCCAAGGGCAUCAUCAUGUCAGAAGGUCUCGUCCAAACCCUCAGUCUGUUGACUGGAGGAAGAAAGGGAACAUUGUGACUCCUGUCAAGAAUCAGGUAGUGCUGAACUGCCUGAUUACUGACCCUUAGUAUUUUUAAAUAUCUAAAUAAUUACUAUGAUGUAACAGUACAGUGAUAACACUGAAACAGGGAGCCAGAAAACAGUUUCAUAAGUUAUAAAUGUGGCUGAAUUAUUUGAGAGUGAGUUUUCUACUCUGCUUGAAAAGGUGACAAACAGCAGAACAAACAUGACAUUAUUAAAUAAAAGGUGUAUUAUGUAGGCUUGAAAAAAUACUCACUCAGCAGUAUGAUAUUGCUCUAUUUUGGAGCUGAUGACUUGUGAAAAAUGAAAACUGGUGCUCAAUAUUCCUCGCUUUGAACACAACCUUUACUAUCACCAACAUAAAGCGCUGCUGUGUCAGGACUUGGUUUGAGCACAAGCUUAUUUUUGUUUUUGUGUUAUUUUUUUAAACUAGAAAGCCAAAAUAAAGUGACAUUUACUGCAAGUAUAUGGCUAUUUUUUUUUUUACAGCAGUUAACCUUUGAGUAGAUUCUUUGGCUCGUCCCUCUAAGUGACUUUGGAGCUGAAGGAGUUUGAUUGUGUUCGUAGGGUCACUGUGGAAGCUGUUGGACCUUUGCUACGACUGGCUGUUUGGAGUCUGUGAAUGCCAUUGUUACUGGGAAGCUGGUACCUCUGGUAAGAUCUGUGUGACACCUGUUUAGUUAUUUGAAGCACAUCCAUCUACAGAUCUGACAUGUGGAGCUCCAGAUCCAAUAAUAUCAAUCAGUUUAUCCAUUUUUAUUUAUAUAACGCAACAAAUUUUAUCUCAGGUAUUCCACAAGAGGAGCAGGUUUAGACUAUACUUAUCCAUAUUACACUUGAUCACACAUUAUUUAAAAGCAGACUUAAUGUUUUGUUACACUUACGCUUUUUAACUAUUAUUUUUGUGUAAAAAGUUUGCGUUUUCUCUUUCAGUCGGAGCAGCAGCUUGUAGACUGUGCUCAUGACUUCAAGAAUUAUGGAUGUAUGGGGUAAGAACCCUGACGCUGUUGUCAGCUAUUUGUUAAAGCCACAACACAUAUAACAUGCAAGUUUUUAUGUUAACGCCUUAAUGCACUUCUUGUUUUGUUUCAGUGGGCUCCCCAGCCAGGCAUUCGAGUACAUCAAAUAUAACAAGGGCCUUAUGACAGAGGAGAACUACCCUUACACAGGCCAUGUAUGACUUAUUUUUACAGAUUGAUACCUCGUUAGAACCAUUCUUGAUUGUGAACAAAAUCUCAAUUUAAAAAUGUUUCACUUGGGUUCUAGCAAGAUACCUGCAAUUUCAAGCCUUCACAUGCAGCUGCUUUUGUCUGGGAUGUUGUCAACAUAACAGCCGUGAGUAAACAUAUAUUCACAUAACAGCACAUGUACGUACAUUUUUAGGAGUGCAUGCUGCAAGCUUCAAAACUCUGACUUAAAAUUGGUUUGGUGUGUCAGAUACUGACAUUGUUCCUCUCACACAAGUGAAUAGAGGUAAAACAAACACAAAUCAAGUAAACACCCAUCUUUACAUUAUCUAUUAUCAGUUAAAGGUUUAUUUUGGUGAAGCUGAUAGACAGCUGAUAAACGUACAUGCUGCCCCUCUGAGAAGAAAAAAAACAUUUAACCAAGUCUCUGAAACCAUCACAGUGGUUUCAUUCUGAGAUCUGUGUUUGUGUCCACAGUAUGAUGAAAAGGCCAUGAUUGAUGCUGUGGCCUGGCUCAACCCUAUAUCCUUUGCCUUUGAGGUCACAGCUGAUUUUAUGCACUACAAGAAAGGUGUUUACUACAGGUGAGCUGAGAAUCUCACUUAAACUAAUGUAUGUGGAGUAUUCUUAUGUUCAAAAGCAACAUGUGGUAAGAAAGAACAGUAUGCACAUUUUUUUUGCCUCUUUAGCCUGUUAAUGUACAAUAACAAUAUAAAACAAUAGUUUUUUUUUCUAGUAAUUCACCUGCACAGAGGUCAUUCAUGCAAACUGGAGGAUUAUUAGGAAUUAAUAUGUGCACAAGUAGUCUGCAAUAACAGAAAAAAUAUUACCCCUUUAUAAUAGCUAUGAACAGCUAUUGAGGGUUGUUUGAGUAAAGUUUUUUUUUCUUUCUUUCUUCAGGUUGAUCUUUGACAAUAUUGGUUUUAAAGCAGUUAUGACCAGUAAAGGGGUACUCUGCUUCAUUUUGACUUUUACUCUCACAGUUGCUGCCUGCAGGUGGGGAACAUGUCCAUCCCUACCAAGGACUUGUUCAAAAGUUAUUUAAUUUGUUACAGCACUAAAUGUUUUAAGUGCCUGUUAUCCACUACUGUUAAAUGCGAAGACCGAACGUUUUAGCCACCUGUAUGACUUUCAAAAUAAUAGCCAAAGUGAGUAGGUUUUUAAAGUCUUGAUUUUUCAGAAAAUUUGUUUGACCUUCUCCUGUAUUUCCUUGUGUUCAAGAAGAACCAUACAAUAAUAAACAAAACAGUUUGGGAGGGUACAUUUGCAUAGGCCAGUCACCCUUCAAUAGACAUAUGGAUUAUUAGCGUAACAGUAUCUAUGUUGUCUGCUUAGCUCGCAGUGUGAGAAGACAGCAGACAUGGUGAAUCAUGCAGUCCUAGCAGUGGGUUAUGGAGCUCAGAAGAGAGGCAAGCUUUAUUGGAUUGUGAAGAACUCUUGGGGCACAGCUUGGGGAAUGGACGGGUAAAUAUAGUCCGUGUGUGUGCAUAUAAAUGUGAUGGUUUAUACCAGCUUUCACAGAUAAUAGAUAACUUUGUCUCUGCUGUUCUUUUAGAUACUUUUGGAUCCAGCGAGGAAAAAACAUGUGCGGACUGGCUACAUGUGCCUCCUACCCUUUACCUUUGGUGCACUGA